CACAGUGGCUUUACCACAUGUAUCUAUGAAAUUGUUUCGGUUUCAACAAACGUUUAUAGCUCGAUCAUUAAAAAUACCGGGCAUUUAUUUUAAUGAAAAUGAUGGUUGUAGAUAAUCAAAUCGAUCUCGGUCAUUGUUGGCUGCCAUAUCGGCAAUUGAACAAUCUUAUCAAAAAUUCUAUUCGAGAUGGAUCGUUACAAGCUUGUUCGAAGCUUGAAAAUGCUCUUAUCAAACAUAAAACUGAUUUCAUUUUGGCAAUGAAAAAUGCACCGAAGAAUUCGCUACAUCGUGAUGUUGUUCGAAACGCUUGCAAAGAUGGUAUAACGAUAAUUGAAAAUCAAAAUAAAUUUAAAAAAGUCAUACCACAAGACAUGGUGAAUGAAGCUUUGCUCUUAUCUGAUUUAUUCAACUUGAACGAACUCACCGCAUUGGAAUUGUUGAUCACAGGCCAAAAUCAGUUAUCCCGCUUUCCAGACAUGAGCCGAGGAACGGUUGCCGUUCUUUACUAUUAUGAUAGUAAAAAAAAUCUUUUGAACGCCUUACAAACACUAGUUCAAAUUAGCAGUGGCCGAAGUUGGACAUCCAAAUUGUCUCGAGAAAUGUCUCGCUGCAUAAAUCGUUUCGUCAAAGAAUUAAAAGAGGAAAACAUAGUCAUACGAUGUUGUGAGAUAUUGAAUGAAUUCGAUAUUAAACGUGAAUAUGAUAUGUUAGAAAAAAAUCGGGGCCUUGGUCCUUAUAAAUACCGAAAACAGGUUUUUGACACGAUGAAAGAUAUCCGUAAGAUUACGGCCAACAUUAUAUUUAAUUAUUCAGCGCAAACAUAUCUUUCAAGAAAAGAGAUGUUCAGUAUAUUUGAACUUAUCCAAAACAAAAGUUGUCUAGAAAGUACCUAUCUAGAUACGGUAACCACAGAAUUAUUGUUGUCCAUGCUUUAUGCUUUGGAUGUUAGUUUCAUUCAAGAACUUGAAAAUGAUGAGCAACGACAAUCUGCCACAUUCGAUGCUUGCUGGUGGAUCAAGGAUGGAAAUUCUAUUGCAGAAUUUGUUUCAAAGUUAGACGAAGCUGAAUUUGUUGUCAAAUCUAUAAAAACAGUUCUCCGUUUGGCUGUAUCGUUAAAUCUCAAAACAUUAUCUUUAUACUCAUUACCUGGUUUAGAUUCGGUAGAAAUUGAUGAAGAAAAACUUAUUGAUCGAGCAAUCGAAGAAAAUGUAUUCGAAAAUCUCAACCAACUGUUGGCUCAAAACAAACAUUUGUACAGUGAAGAAUUUUUUGUUCUUAAAAUUCAUUCAAUCAUUUGUGAAAUGAUUAUGAACAUGUCGCAUAAAAUUAAAGAAUUACGCGAUAAAGCCGACGAAUCGGGAAUUAUAUUGAAUGCUUUAUCAGCAGAAUCAAUUAAACCAUUCUCAAGUUUGUCACAAGCUUCACUUCAAUUCGAAAAAUUUCUUCGCUUUCUUGCUACUUUUUAUCUUGCGGAUCCAUAUAGUCUGUCAAAUGACUUUUGGCUGAAUGUGGAUCAACAACAACCUCACUCGAAAUCGGUUUUGUCCCGGCAGCAAGUGCUUCAUAAAUUUGUUCGUUCAUUGCAUGAAUCUUUUUUUCCACAAGUAUUGCAUGCCGCUGUCAUAAAUUUUUUUCGAUCAUUGGCUCGCCACUCACCGUUUAACGUUUUCAAUCUCAUCAAGAACACCAGUUUUCACACUAGCAUUCAAUUCUCGAUAAGUUCAUUUAGCGAAACGCUAAAUGAUUACCUUAAUACAGUACGAGGUUCGGACAAUACCGAUCGAAUUAGUGCUUCAGCCCCGUUAUCUGCUGGCUUCAAUAACCACUUUCAUCAACAUGCACACAAUCAAGGAAGCAGGCGAAAAUCAGCAGCCGCAGCAGACGUUGAAUCGAUUUGUGCCAUAGUCAAUCUGUUGGAAGAAAUUGUCCGAAAUGAUCGAACCUGUUGUGUGGCUCUCGCCGAAAAUCAACAAUAUCUUUUUAUUCCACUUAUGGUGUCGAUACUUCGUUGUGCCGUUUCGCGUGAAUUAAAGGCUCAGAUAUUGAAAUGUUUUGCUGCAUUUUCCACCGUAUCAUCUGUAUCGAACAUGAUUUGGCGUGAAAUCGAAACCAUACUACCACGCUAUAAUCAAUCCGGUAUGUUAAGCCAUCCGAAAUUAUGGCAGAACGGUAUUGCCAUCGAAAUCGAAGAAAUUGAAGUGAAAAAUGAAGAAUAUCCGAUAACAAUCGCAUUCUUAGAAUUGAUGAACACUUUGUUUUCUCAUUUGGAAUCUCGCAUGACUAUGAAUCAAAUGAAUGCGUCAGAAAGUUGUUUCAAUUUUAUUAUCGAUUCUAUUCUGCUAAAAACUUCUUAUCGUAUGUUCAAAAAUGAAGAUGAAAAAUGGAUCAUUAUGAAACUGGCCUAUCAAUUACUCUUGAACAUUGUUCAACGAUGUGAUUUCCUUGAUGGGCUCACUCCUCGAAUGUUGGCCGUGUUCACACAGAUAUUACAAGAGAAUGUUCUAUUUCGACAUAUCAUUUCAAGCUUAGAGGAAAGCGUUACCUAUUUGGAAAAACAUUACUACCAGCCAACCUUAAAAGAUUAUGAUCAUGGACCACAACAAACAUGCAGAUUGGUUGAAAAUUGUACCGUUACCAUAUUAUCAUUGCUGCGCGAAGUUUGCCAACGUCAAGAUCUUUUCUUUGAAUCUAUACGAGGAGCUAGCGGACUUUGUUUGUCGACAUUUGUUAAAUUUGACACAUUGUUUAAUAACAUUAAUCCGGCUACUAAUCGUCAAGAUCGAUUAGUUAUAUUAUUCCGAAUGUUACCCUUUUCGACAUCUAUAGCCAUUCAUUCAUUGCGACUGUUACGUUCGUUAUGUGAAUCGAAUUUUGAAACGACCUACCUAUGUUUAAUGCAAUGCUGUUCGAAUGUACAGAAUCCAAUGCUCAAAUCAGAACAGUUAAAUCAAAUGUUUGUCGAUUGCUUAGAACGUGACAGUCAAGAAUUACGUAAAGAAACUCUCCUGUUCAUUGAUACUUUUUUGGGACAUGGAUCAACCACUAGCAAAUAUACGUUUGCUCACAAAUUAAUCGGUAUCGAAAGUAAACUAUUUUCACUUAAGAACGUUAGUCUUUUUGGUCAGAACUACACUUGUUUGCAUUCUAUUCUUUCAUUGUUCGAUGGCUCAAUUAUUGAAUGGCAAGACCUGAUUGAAGAACGUAAACUUGGUAUGCAUAUUAUCUACAAAUUAUGUUCAUCCGUUCAUACAAACGAGAUUGUUUUACGUGUUUUACGAUCAAGCUACGAAUUCAAUCUUCAAUAUUUGAAAUUCUGGCACCGAUUGACUACAAGUCAACUUGCGGAUGAGAAAAAAGUCAUUGAAUCUUUGUUGUUCGAAAUAACAUAUUUCCUCAAGAUUCUUGCGAUCGAUAUACGUGUCACUUCUGAACAGAAACUUCAAUCAUAUUGUUCAUCGUAUGUUUCAUUCUUGUUCAAAGAGACCAAAAAACCUCGAAUUCUUGGCUUUCUUUAUUCUUUCAUCUUUGAACAUGAUCAUCCAACUAUGCAAGGCUUCGAUUAUUUCGAUUCUAAAGAAUUACAAAAAACCAUUUCGGAAUGUUUAAAUGUUGAUCAAACGAUUGAUUUACCAUUGUUGCAUCAAAAAUUGUUCAAUGAAAUCCGUGCUCUCGGUACUCAGAUUGGUCUAUCAUCUUCAGGUCUUCUUCGUGAAGAGAUCAAAAAUAUUAUGCUAUAUUGUACAUCGGUUAAUCAGUCAAUUGAAAUGGUCAAACAGAAAAGUGAAUUCAUCGAUUCAUGGUGUGAAUUAGUGCAGAUCAUCAUUUUGUGUAGCUGCCUUGCAGGAUCUGGCAUGGAACAAGAAAUGCAAUCACGCUAUUUGACCGAAAUCAAUCUUGAGCUUAUCAACCGGAUUAUGAAUCCAUCAACAAAUGAUCAUUUUUAUCGAUCCAUUUCUUCUACCAUUUUGAUUGCCUCAUGGGCUUUGGACAAAAUCGAUUCGAAAAGCAUAACAAAUAUUUCUUCAUGUAUUCGUUCGAUUAUGCACGUACUGGAGAAUUCUUCGCUUAUAUGGUCAAAACAAAAGCGGGCACGAAUCAAUUUCUACGCAUCUUUACUGUAUUUGUUUCGUUUAUUGCCACCACUUUUGUUCAAAGAAUUGCGAUUCUCAUCAAAUCUUCUUGAUAAAUUUACUCGAGAUAUUCUUGCUGGUCAUGAAGUGGCCAAAAUGUUGGCUAUUUCAAUACUAAAUCGUUGCGAUUGUUCUAAUUGGCUCAAUGAAUUAAUAUUGAAUGGUUCAUUAAAACAAUUGCUUUUGAGUCUUCUGUCAGAUGAGCGUGAAAUUCGCGCCAAUAAAUACGAAUUUAUCAAAGCUUUUUAUGUCUUUGAAUCUAAAAUGAUGCUAUUACUCAUGAUAUUUUCAUCAUCCAAUGUUGACUUUCUACUUAAUAGUUUGUUGAACAAUCUUGAUUUUGUUCAGACGCUUGAAUCGUUACAAUGUUUCGAUAUGUAUCCAUAUUUGAUAUGCGAAAAUCCCGUUUGUUUCAAGAUGUUUGUCUACAUUUUACGUCUAAUGAUCACUAUUACGACCAUCAGCAAUAACCGACAGAUUAUGGCUGAGUUUGGCUCGUUUAUAUCAGCCCAUUCAGUUCUUCAUGAUUUAAUACGUUUGGCACCCACAAUCAAAGAAAGUGUUAACGGAUCGGAAUUAUUGUUGCUAGUUUCUCGUUUGAUUGGCCGUCUUGUAUUGAACGUAAAUCGAACGCUUCAAACCAAUUUUAUUGGAUUAUUACCGCUAUUUUGUUCAGGUGAACAAUCAUUGGCUACAACAGACAGUCAAAUUGUUUUUAAUAUUUUGAAUGCUUGUGUACAACUCGUUUCAUCCAAUGCAACUGGUCAGCCUUUAUUCGAACCAUCGCUCACAUAUACUGAUUCUCGAUUAUAUUGUAAGCCCAAUCUUGGUCUCUUGGUUUCCAUCAUCAAUAGGUGCACCACUCGUUCCAAUGAAUUAGCAGCUGAUAGUAUUCCAAUAAUUGAAUCAGCCCUAUACUUAUUGUGGACUCAUUUCAAUAUGUAUUUUUCAAUGUCUACAACAACGGCUGAUAUAUCUUUGGAACUAAUGCAAGAAAUCAAUGUUUUGCGAUCACAAGCUGAAUCAACAUUUAAUGAAGUAUUUUUUGCCAAAAUACAAUCCGUAUCUGGAGCGAAUAACAUAUUUAUUGAUGCUCUUAGUCGUCGUAUCAAAAGAAUCGUUUACCUAAAACAAACUCAUUCCUCUUCAUUGACCAGUAUUGCUAAUGAUAUUACUUGUCAAAAAAGCCAAAAUUUUUUUCGUAGUUGAACUUUCAUCAAUCACCUUCUCUAUUUGUAUUUGAUCUUGA